AUGGCUUUGCCAACUCCGCUUAAGCAGUUCCUCCGGGGGUGGGGAAGUACCACCCGAAAGCGAAUGCAGGCAGCAGCUCGGGAUGUCCUGGAAAGCAACGGGCUGCAGCUGUCGCAGCCGCCGGCGCAGGCGCUCGGAAGUGAUUGCUGCGGCAUGUCUGCGGAGGUGCUGGCGAUGAGAGAGCUGGGUUUUCAGCAUAGCGUUGUGUUUGCCAGCGACAUCUGCGAAGGAGCAGGCUCAUUCUGCCGGGCGAAUGCUCCUGCCGGGAGCUUUUUCGGGGAUGUCCUGGCCAGGAAGGCGUCGGCGCUGGCGCACAUGCGCAUCCACGGCUACUUCGCAGGGUUUCCCUGCCAGCCAUGGUCCCGGAUGCGGCGCAAAGGCGGGCGCAGGCGACGGGGAUGGAGCGAUCCCCGUGCUCGGGUGUUCGUGGCGUGCCUGCAGGCGGUGGCGCAGACACAGCCCCUGUACGCGAUCCUGGAAAACGUGCAGGGGAUCAUGUGUUUCUGGGCGUCGGUGUCGGCGAAGGUGCAGGCGAUGCUGCCGGGCUAUCGGCUGCUGGCGGUGAAGCUCUGCCCGACGCAGCUGGGCAGAGGGCUUCGACGGCCACGCGUCUUCAUCCUCUGCCUCCGAGAGGAUAGCCUGAUGGUUGGGUGCUGGCGGACGACGAAGGCGCUGGUGGCGGCAAUGCUGGGGUCUGUUGCUGAGCAGAAGAUGCAGCAACCGCUUUCCAUGUUUUUGCUUCCGUCGGCGUCAGCGAAGGGGGCGGCAAAGCAGAUGAAGAAACCGGUGGUGGCGAGAGCGCAAGCGAGCAGGAAGACGACGGCGACGGCGAAGUGGAUCCUCAAGCACCGCGAAGCCCAAAGGAAAGCCGGGAAGUUGCCGCCCCUGCGCAAGCUUUCCUUUCUGACAGCAAGAGAGGCGGAAGUCUUGCAGUUGGCCGAAGCCAAGUUGGGCCAGGCCAAGGUGUUGGCGGUGGACGUUUCGCAGAGCGCGGAUCGCAUGCCGUGUGGCGCCGGGGCAGCUUGCAGACUCUUGACCAACACGGAGAAGCUCCUGUUGCACACAGUGCCUGUGGACAAGCUGAAGUUCCCCGCUGACGUGCAGUCUAUUGGUGUGGCCAUCGUUCUCGCGGUCAGCAUGCUGAAUUGGAAAAAGGCGAGGCUGGGCCAACCGAAGACGGGGCAGGCGCAGGCGAAGAAGCGAACGGUGGCGGGGACCAUUCCAAUUUGGUCUGGGAGUGUCAAGAAACGCCGGCUGCUGGUGCACAAAACGAAGACGGCAGAUGUGAAGAAUCAGUGA